GGGUUGUAGUGAUGUGUAGCCACCAUGAGUGAAGGGGAGAAAUAAAGAUUGAUAAUGGCAGCCAGCGAUUACGGCCCGUCUGCUACCAUGCAACGUUCUCGUCGUGCGUUUCGUGCCGCAGACGCGCCGCGGCGACCCCUCAGACGGCGGUGAGGAUUUUACUCGAAGGCGUGAAAUCUUAUCUGGAGCUCCGAGGCUGCAAAACCAAAAAAAAUGGGCCGUGCAUCGGUGUAGCCGAGGUAAAGUGACCUUUAAUCGCAUUGUCCCAUGGAAGAUUUGCCAGAUUUCCAAAAGAACGGCGUUAUGUUGUCGCUGGAGGCGCAGCCGCGUCGUGUUGUCACGAAAACGGCGGCGGCCACGACUAACGGCGACACCUCUACCGGGGAGCCUCCAUCCUCCUCCUCCUCCUCCUCCUCCUUCUCAGUCAACAGCAGCGGCUCCCGCUUGCCCGUACACUUGACGGCCUCUUCUCACCAAGGUCCGCCGCCAAGGAGGCACCAUCCGCCUUACCAUUUCAGAGUCCAUCAUCUUUUCCCCGACGACAACACUCAGGAGCCUCUGGCGAGGAAAAACCUGCCCGCGCUUCAGUAUAAGGUCCAUGACUCUGCCUUUUGCCGUGUGCUUAGCGCUGACACGACCGCUGCUGCUCUCGCUGCCGCCGCCGUUUGCUCGGCCGGCGUGGACAGAGACAUCUGGAAAUGUGGCUAUCUCCGCAAGCAGAAGCACGGCCACAAGAGGUUUUUCGUCUUGAGAGGCCCCAGCAACCUUGGGCCCAGCCGUCUGGAGUAUUACGACAGUGAGAAGAAAUUCAGAAACACACUCAAAGCUGCUGCCUCAACUGCCAGUGUUGCAUGCCCUCCUAAGAGGGUUAUUUACCUAUCCCAGUGUUUUACAGUCAACAAGAGGGCUGACGCUAAGAACAAAUACCUCAUUGCUCUUUAUACUAAAGACGAGUACUUUGCUAUGGUGGCUGACAACGAGCAGGAGCAGGAGGAUUGGUACUUGGCCCUCACUGAGCUGAUGACAGAGGGCAAAAAGGGGCAGCUGGACACUGACGAGCUGGACGACGGCUAUGGGACGAUUUCACCUGGAACCAUUUUCAAGGAGGUGUGGCAGGUGAACGUGAAACCCAAAGGUUUGGGGCAGACCAAGAAUUUAAUGGGGGUGUACCGUCUGUGCCUUUCCGCCAAGACAAUUCACCUGGUGAAGUUGAACUCGGAGACCCCUGCUGUGAACCUGCCAUUAAUGAACAUUCGCCGCUGCGGCCAUUCGGAGAGCUUCUUCUUCAUUGAGGUGGGCCGCUCCUCUUCCAUCGGGCCAGGUGAGAUCUGGGUGCAGGUGGAGGACUCUGUGGUGGCUCAGAACAUGCACGAGACCAUUCUGGACACCAUGAAAGCAUUGAAGGCCUUCCCUGACUUCAGACCGCGAAGCAAAAGCCAGUCAUCCGGGUCCAAUCCUGUCCCCUUCAUCACAACCCGCCGCCACCUUGGCAACCUGCCGCCCAGCCAGACGGGGCUGCAACGCCCCUCCAGAACCGAUUCGGUUACGGGAACUCCUCCCACAGGAAGCAGUAAAGGAGGAAGGGGUCAGCGCUACCGUACAUCCAGUGAAGGGGAAGGCACCUCGAACCGGCCCCUCAGCUCGGGCACAGGUAGCCUGGUGCACCUGAACACCCCCUGUCUGAACAUAGGCCGGGAGGAGAGCGGUGGCUGCUGCGCUCAUGCUUCGCCUGGCUCCGCCCAUCAUACCCGCUCUGCCUCCCUCCCUGUCUCUCACUUCCUGUCUGCCACCAGUCCCAUCAGCGUUUCCAGCAGCAGUGGCCAUGGUUCGGCCUCGGACACGCAUACGCGGCCCUCCAGCUCCUCCAUCUGUGGCUCUCCGAGUGACGGUGGCUUUAACUCCUCUGAUGAGUUCUGCCCCAGCCCUUGUGACUUUAGGUAUUUUCGUGCAAGCAGCAGCACCCCUGAGUCCCACGGCAACACUCCACCCAUUAGGGAGGAGUACCGACUGGUGGACUACAUGGCCAUGGAUUGGCACAAGGACACGCAGGGCGGGGCCAGGACUUUUGAGGAGGAGAGCAGUUACAUGGAAAGGACUUUCCUCAAGCUCACACAUUCCUCCAAGCCAAAGCUUGGCAAUGGUUUAGGUGUUAUGCACCAGAAAGCUACGCAGACCUCAUCUUCAUUAGAUGAAUCGAGCCCUGUGGAGUCAAAACGGCACCCAGUGUGCUUGUGCCUCCUUAAAGCAGGCUAUAAGUCUUACUCUGAGUUACAUCACCCAACCAGGCCUCCCUCGCUCAACUCUGACGGUCAAAAGAAACUGCCUAAAGAUGAUGGCUACAUGCCCAUGAUGUACAACAUUGUCCCCUCUCCUAAUGCAGAUUACACCCCUAUGCAACCCAGAGCAAACCAUCCGGCCACUCUGGACAUUUAUCCCUGCUCUUCGCAACAGGUGGACAGGCAUGGCUAUAUGAUGAUGCUGCCUGCAGACAGCCCUUCACCAGGAAUAACCAGCCCCUCUAGCAGAAACCAGGCGGAGUAUGAUGAUUACAUGGAUAUGACCCAAAUCGCCUCAGCUGAAGGCUACACCCCAGCCUCCCCCGAAGGGCCCAAAUCUCACGGUUCUUACUUCUCCCUUCCACGCUCCUACAAAGCUCCGUCUCGAGAGAAUCGUCAACAGACAGAAUACGUUCCCAUGUCCCCGGCCGAGCCGCCUAGCCCGCCUAGUCCAGGAGAGUACAUUCACAUGGAUUUCAGUGACAGGCCUCCUCAUGCUGCCUCCUCCCCAUCAGCUAUGGACUCCCCCUCCACACCAAGCUCCCAGCCCUGCUAUCAGCUCUGCUGCUCCUCACCGGACCAUGACUACUUAGGUCUGAACAUGGACAGUCUCUUGAAAGACCGCCCUCCUCGCCACUCGCUUGUAGCUCCAUGGAACCCCCCGAACUACGCGCGCCCCUUAGGGUGCGCUUAUGGCCGCACUCAGGCCGACUAUGACCCCGUGAAGGUCCACGCUAGAUGUGCGGAAGCUGGAAGUCCCUCCAGAAUGAUCCAGCACCUCUGUGUGACAGAAAGGCCUCCCAGUCCCCAGAUGGAGCCCAAGGUCAUCAGGGCGGAUCCGCAGGGCCGGAGGAGGCACAGCUCAGAGACCUUCAUCCCUUCGCCUGGUGGCACCGCCAGUGGAUGCAACAUCAGAGCCCCUGCCAACCUCAGUCUCGCAGAAGGCAGCAGGUGGCAGAAUUCUGCCUCGUUUGAUAGCGUGUGGUCUCACACGGAAGAUCAAGGAUCUCCUGACUCUGUUGCCCUUUCUCCAAACUGUGCUACUGGAGGAACGCGCCGGAACGCUUCAUCCAGCUACCUCAACUACAUUGCUCUGGACCUGAGGGAAGUCCCCAGGAUCACCCGCGAUGCCCCCCCUCCGCACCCAGCUCAUGGGACCCUCCAAGAGAGUGAGGCCUAUGCUGGUAUAGACUUCUCCAUGUCAGGAGGACACACCACUGCCUCAAAAGAGUGAGCAAGUCGUAUGCUGGGAGGAAAUCAGGACAUUGGGAAUCCAAUGAACUCUGGAAUGCAGAAGAGGAAGCUGCCUCCUCCUCCUCCUCAUCAGACCUCCAACAACAAAGACUGAAACUGCACAACCUCUUUUGCUCUGUAUCUCCUACAUAACUGCCUCAAACCGGUUCCAUUUUUUUUUCUGUUAAAAAAAAAUCGGUUACUUUGUUUUUUGACAACAGUUAUUGUUUACUUGAGUGGCUGCACUGAAUAUAAGUCAAAAUCAGAACUGUGAAUUCAAACCAGACAUAUAGCACUUAUUAGUUUCCCUUUAUGGUACUCUGUCGUUCUUAUUUACAGUCGUCAUUUUGUUCCUUAACGAAAUCUGCUAGAACUUUGUAAAUAGGAGGAGCUUGUAUAUCAAAUAACAUUUUGUAAAAUGUGCCAACUACUUAGUAGUCCCCUCCACACACACACAUACACUCACGCACAUAUAUAAUAUAUAUAUCUUGUUUAUUUAUAUUGAUUUGUAUUUAUAUGAAGGGUGUAUUUUUUCAGGGAGCAUUUAGUUGCUUGCAGAUCCUGCACAUAAAUUGUAAAGGGGUUUUAAGUUGGCCGCACAGACCACCUCUGUGAACACUGAACAUGUAAUUUUUAGUGUACAGCUUGUACGAUAUUGACAGUUGGGGUUUUCAUUUCCGCUAAGGGCCUGGAUACAUCAACUGGUGAGACAGUUCGGAGGCCCAGUGAGAUCGCACAAGGAUGAAGGCUCACGUUGAGCAAGUUGCUCAAAUUCCCAGUAUUUAAUAAAACAUGCUAGUAAUUAAAUAAUCCCACACUCUUAAAAGUAAACAUCCCUCAAUGGUUCUUGGCCUGGUUUGGGCUAGGAACUCAUGUCUCAUUUACAGAAAUGCAGUGGUUCUUUAAAAGGGCAUGUAUCGAAAUUCAGUACUUUCAUGCUACUGACUGAAUUACUUCAAUACCACCAAGUAUUGAAAUAUUUUAAUGCCCAAGUCUUAUCAGUAUUAGUGAGCCAAUAAGCAUGCUUGUUCCAAAAUCUAGACUGCUGAUUAGCUGUCUAAAUUACAUUCCUUAUGCAUGUUAUUAAUGUCAGUGCUUAUUGAUUAGUUUGUUGUCCGUUAGGGUCAGCACUUCAUGCUCAGUUGAGAUUUAUGCCACACUGACAAAAUCAAAAUUAUAAUGAUGAAGAUGUGAUGACAACAGUAGAUAAUUUACUUAUAUUCUCUGAUGACACGUCCUUCACCAAGUUUUUACUGAGUUCUCUUUGAAUACUCUUCCAGUGCGCUCAUAAUUGUCAGAUUCAUCCACUUGGGUAAGGGGCCCGUAGCACAACCGAUGAUACAAAAUGUUCUUCCACAUGUUGCAUGCAAUUACACAUUUCCACCAGAGAGGUCUCCAAAUCCCCAAAGCGCACAUAGUGUAACUAUUGUUCAGGAAUUGGUAUUAGUAUCGAAAAAUUUUGAAAGAUUCCCAGCCCUAUUAUUUAAAGAACCAUCUGUGUCACCUUUUGAGCACUUUUAUUUCUAAGAGUGUACUGCCACCUCAGAAGCUUGUGUGCAUCACGGUGUGGCAUCACAGUGUGGCAGCAGACCAGAUAAAAAUGUAGAUCAGAACAAGGGAAAUGAUCUGUACAAUGAAUCGUGUAUCGAAUUGGCUGCUUAGAGGCUCCUAAUAGCAGCUUUGACUUGUGUCCAGUGUAUCCAAGCCCUAAGGGGAUUUGCCACGAAAACACUCGCCUGUCUCCCCUCCCAGCGUGUUCCGUGAGUGGAAGUUACGUAACAUUGGACGGUUUAUGCGAUGUGAUAGAAAAAUAUCGCAAAAGCGCGGAACCAGGAUACUUUCUUAAGAUGCAGAUAGCACUUUGUAGGUACUAGAUGAUAACAGUGUUUCCCAUUAACAUGGAUACUACCUCCUGUCCAUAAGAUUGAAAAUAGAUCUAAUAUGGCGCAGUUAGAUUGUCUUCAUUGAAGACUCCCUAAGACAAAUAAAACGUAGUAUUGCUGGAACGGUAGAUCAGUAUAAGUCCCGAAGUGGAGCAUUUGGUUAUAAUGUGGGAGGUUGUUGUAAUGGCUGAGAAAUGUCUGCUGAUGCCUCUGCACUGUUAAAAAUAAAGGUUCUUAAAUGGUUCUUGGCUUGGAUGAACCGUUUUAGGGUAAUUCUUCAGUUGGUGUAGAACCUUUACAUUAAAAGGAGGUUCUUCAAACCCUAAAAAUGGUUGUUUUCUGGCAUCACUUUGAAGAACUUUUAUUUUUUAGAGUAUAACAGCUCUGGCAGAGAAUGGUCAAGGUAUAGAAAGUGUAGUUAGGUUGUCUGUGAGCUUUGGCUGUUCUAGAAAACUUUCUGAAAAGAAGAUAAAAGUGCUACUACGCUCAUCUGCUUUUUGGUCUCUUGGUCUAAUAGGCCAUUUUGGUGCAGUUUCUUUUUGACAUUUCGCCUGUCUUAAGGUGGAAUUCCACCAUUUCUUUUCAGAUUUUCUGCAUAAUUCUGCUAUUGAGAUGUAAACAAUGUAAUUCAGAAUGAUAUGAUGUGAAAUGGUUCAUUGUAGAGAAACAGUGGUGGUGAUAGGAACCAGAGGUCGAAAUGUCUACCUUGCAAAUAUAGCCAUUUUGUGUACUAUCCAGAAUGACUAGUGAACCUACAUGUGUCUUCUGAGUUUUGAUAUGUGAUGUUGAUAAUAGUAAAAUAAUAGUAAAUCUGAAAAAAUACAUUUUCUUUGGAGACUGUUUUUCCUGUUACCACUGCCAGGACUUCUGACAUUUUCAAACUAUGUUUAAAUUAAUUAAACUUUUCAAGACAUCUGGUUCCCAUCACCACCAUUCUGAACAGGUUUCUCUAGAACAAUACAUCAAACCAAAUAACUAAUGAAUUACCCAGAAAUUUUGAAAUAUUGGAGGAAUUCCCCUUUUCAGCGUGCUACCUAGUCAAAAAAGCUGAGCAAAUAAGAUGCAAAACAUUUGUCCAUUCCAUUGGCCAUGCAUAGAAGAAACAGUAAAAGUUCUUAGGUUUCUUUCAAACGCGAGGCGUACUGUUUACAUUUUGAAGUGUUACACAGAGAUGGCGUUUUCUCGUUUUCUUAGCCCACGACUGGACAAAAAGAGAUGUUUACUGAACAAUGAGGUUGCUUUUUUUUUCGCUGUUGGUCACCAAUCUGACACACCACACCACAUAUAGCUGGACACUGCACUGGUACUGUACUAACAAACGUCUAUGCGCUCGUCCAUUCCCAUACAGUACAUACUGUAGCCUACUGUUCUACACAAUGCUCUGUUCUGUACGUUGGUUGGUUAUUUAUUCAUGUAUUUAACACGUUUAUUUCUUGAAUACGGUGAUGUUCACUGUAUGCGGGACAGUUUGUACAGAGCAUCGCUGGUGAUUGCAAUUAUAUUAAUAUAUAACUCGCAGAGAGGGAGAAAUUAAGUGUAAAUAUGACCUUAAGACCAUGUGUUUCUCACAUCUCUUUGUCUUUUUUAUUUAUUUAUUCAUUUAUUUAUUUAUUGUUUAUUUAUUUAAUUGAUUUAUUUUAAAUGACUAAGGGUUAUUAACAAGUCCCUUUCUUGCCUGUACCUGAAAGCUUUAUAUGAAGAGAUGUUGGGUAGAGGUUGUGGUUGAAAGCUGUGUAGUAAGAAGUGUUAGCUUUACAGUAGUAGUCCAGAUGAUGUUGGGACAAAGCUGUAUGUCAGUGAUCUUAUCCAUUCGUUUCGAUGGCGGGACCCUCGUGGCCGCCCCUUCUUUCUUUGACUAGCUUUUGUGUCAUGCUAUUGUGUCAUGAUAUUGCGUUGCUUUAAUGUAUGUAAUAUGUGAAAUGGGAAAAAAAAUAACAGUAGUAUACCGUUUCUUGGAAACUUUUUUCUACACAAUAACUACAGUGACAACCUGAAAACUAAUCAAGCUUGUGUUUUUGUACUUAGGGCUCUCUCGAGGAUCUAGAAUUCGGGGAUAACUCUUAUUGUUUGGAAUUGUGGAAUUGAGUUAUUUGCCUUUUGUUUGGAUUAAGGAAGAGAGAGAGGGGCGGGAGGGGGAAGAAAAAAAAGAGAAAAGAGGAAUCUGAAAUGGGCAGAGCGUGUGUUGACAAUUUGCAGUUUGUUGUUUCUCUUGAGGAUCCCAGUCAAUGCUCACAUCUGCUGCUUAAAAGUUUGCGAUCGGGCUGAACCACGCUGAUAGUGCUGACUGAAUCGGAUCAUUCUGAACACCGUCUUCCUUUGUAAAUAUUGUAAUUUUUGAUAUCCCUUUUCUCUCGUUGACCAUGCUACACAGCACCCACUUUCCUUGAUUUCACAAACGAGGGGUGUCUGGGGGAUUUUUUUGUCAGUUCUACAUUUUUAUAUUUUAUUUUUGGUGUAUAUUUAUCAAAUUGGGUUUUGCUUGUCAUAGAGCUAUUGCAAUAAAAAAGUGCCAAGGUAUUCUUGACUGUGA